AUUAGCUCCUAGUGUACCAAAACAUUCUGGGUCAAUAUGGGCUCAACUGCCAAAUCCUCACAAAGAAUGGGAAGUGGAAUUUUCUUUUAGAAUGUCAGGGAAUUACUUUCUUGGUGGCCGAGGAAUGGCAUUUUGGUAUACUAAAGAACAAAACAAAGGAGGUUCGUUGUUCGGGUGUAAGGAAAAGUGGGAUGGGUUGGCGAUUUUUUUUGAAACUGUGGAUCAUGUUAGAAAGCGUGAGAAUCCUUACAUAAUGGCGCAUGUCAAUGAUGGUUCUGUUUCCUAUAACAACAUUUUGGACCCUUUUGCCGUUAAAAUGGCUGGCUGUUACCGAAUGCUUCGUAAUACUCAAGUACCAAUAUUUGUAAAACUUACUUACUAUAAUAAUACUCUAAAGUUGAUGAUUGAUACUAGUGAUGGAGGCGAUUCUUAUAACGUUUGCUUUUCAAAACCCGGGGUGUCUUUACCGUCGGGAUAUUAUUUCGGAAUUUCGGCUGCUGCGGAAGGUGCUACACCAGAUGAUCACGAUAUACUUUCCUUUGAAACAUAUGAAAUAAAUCCGACUGAAAAACGAGACAGACCGUUACGCCCCCAUGAAGCUGAAAAAGCAAAAAAAUCACCUUCAGAAUCAUUCGAAAUACCAGAAGAUCUUAAACAGCGUAUUGAAAAUAUUCAAAAGAUAGUAACAAAGACAGAGGAUACGCGUGAAAAAGGAGAUCCAAGAAAUCUUGAUUUUAUAAGAGGAAUGCAAAUCAGGAUACUUGAAUCUCUUGAUAAAGUGCAUGAACAAUUACGUACCUUAGAUGGUAGUCCGAAAGGUAGUGAUAACUAUUAUAGUGGUUCAAGCAAGACAGAAAGCCAAUUGGCUGCCGUUUCACAAAAAUUGGAUAGAAUUAUUUCAAGUAUCACGUCCCUCGAAACAAGAAUAUCUCGAAUUCCUUUAGAUGGAGGAAACGAUCAUGCAAUUAGGGAUUUAAAGGAAGACGUGCAACGUAUAGCAAGUAAAAUUGAGUCUUUAGACACUCGAAUCGCUGGACAAUUCUAUCAGACACAAAGAAGUUUUCAUGAUGCUGCUAAACUUCGAGAUAAAGAUUCAUCAACCACAUCAAUAUGGAUAUAUUUAAUUUACUUUACUUUAUUUGCAAUCCUAACUAUUGGUGGAUAUCUAUUAUACCAAACAAAAAUGGAAUUAGAUCAAAAGAAAUUUAUUUGA